CACUGGUCCAAUUCACGUACUUUCCGCUGUAAUCGAGUUUGUACAACAGAUUUUGGGUUUCAGGGGCUUCGCUUGAGCAGAACAGGCUUCACAAUGGCUACGCAAGAAAGAACACCACGAGAAUUGGAAGAGGAUUCCCCUUUCCUAGCCCCUCAAUCACCACCCUCUCCACCACCACCAUCCUACAUCUCUCACGUCACCUAUCAACAACCAACCACUAUUCCCUUCCUGCACACCGCACCGCGGGCUUCCACAGAAUCAUCACACUCUUCUUAUCGUGAUAAAUUUGCCCUAGAAGAAUACCACGAUAAAAAUCGUAGCCGGAAAGCGCUCAUGAUUUUUGCGGGCUGUUUGGGCGUUAUUUUCUUGGUCGUCGUACUGAGCGUUUUUGGUGGUGUUUAUCACUGGGGAAGAGGGGAACGGGGGACGGGGAAUUGAGUGACGAGUUAUGAAUUUACCAUAUUCUUGUUUAUUGUUUGUUUUGGGGGGCUUUGGAAUGGAGUUAAGGAUUGGUUGGAUUGGCUAUACCCAUUGUUCACAGGGAGACGAGACGAGAGGAGAGGAGAAAAGAUGGCGGUGGGGGCGAUCAAGAUAGCGGUUGGAGGGGCUGAAAUGACGAGCGCUCGCACAUUGGGGGUCGGCAAGAACUAUCACAGCGAUCAGGUGAAACCGCACACAAAUGAUAAAUGAUAAUGAUUUUCAAAACACCAACAAUUCCA